GGAUCCAUGGGGGUUGUGAGGUUGGCAGAGUGUUUUUGCUGAGAGCUCUGCUCCUGCCUGACCGUGCUCGUUCCUUUGCAGCCUCUCUCCAAGUGGACAUCGUGCCCAGCCAGGGGGAGAUCAGUGUUGGAGAGUCCAAGUUCUUCUUAUGCCAAGUCGCAGGGGAGGCCAAGUUCAAGGACAUCUCGUGGUUCUCCCCGAACGGGGAGAGGCUGAGCCCRAACCAGCAGCGCAUCUCGGUGGUGCGCAACGAUGACUUCUCCUCCACGCUCACCAUCUACAACGCCAACAUCGACGACGCCGGCAUCUACAAGUGCGUGGUCAGCAGCCAGGAGGAGGGCGACUCCGAGGCCACUGUCAACGUCAAAAUCUUCCAAAAGCUGAUGUUCAAGAACGCCCCCACCCCUCAGGAGUUCAAGGAAGGGGACGAUGCUGUGAUCGUGUGCGAUGUGGUCAGCUCGCUGCCCCCCACCAUCAUCUGGAAGCACAAAGGCAGGGAUGUCAUCCUCAAAAAGGACGUGCGGUUCAUCGUCCUGUCCAACAACUACCUGCAGAUCCGCGGCAUCAAAAAAACAGACGAGGGCACCUACAGGUGUGAGGGGAGGAUCCUGGCCCGGGGAGARAUCAACUUCAAAGACAUCCAGGUCAUCGUCAACGUGCCCCCGUCCGUGCGYGCCCGCCAGAGCACCAUGAACGCCACGGCCAACCUGAGCCAGGCGGUGACGCUGGCCUGCGACGCCGACGGCUUCCCCGAGCCCACCGUCACCUGGACAAAGGAUGGAGAGCCCGUGGAGGAGGUGGAGGAUGAGGACAAGUACAGCUUCAACUACGACGGCUCCGAGCUGGUCAUCCGCAAGGUGGACAAGAGCGACGAGGCCGAGUACAUCUGCAUCGCUGAGAACAAGGCUGGCGAGGCCGAUGCCACCAUCCACCUCAAAGUGUUUGCCAAACCCAAAAUCACCUACGUGGAGAACAAGACAGCCAUGGAGCUGGAGGAUCAGAUCACGCUGACCUGCGAGGCAUCCGGGGACCCCAUCCCCUCCAUCACCUGGAGAACCUCCACACGGAACAUCAGCAACGAGGAGAAGGCUUCGUGGACCCGGCCCGAGAAACAAGAGACCCUGGACGGGCGGAUCAUCGUGCGCAGCCACGCCCGCGUGUCCUCGCUCACCCUCAAGGACAUCCAGUACACGGACGCGGGCGAGUACGUGUGCACGGCCAGCAACACCAUCGGGCAGGACUCGCGAGCCAUGUACCUGGAAGUGCAGUACGCCCCCAAGCUCCAGGGCCCCGUGGCCGUGUACACGUGGGAAGGAAACCAAGUGAACAUCACCUGUGAGGUGUUUGCCUACCCCAGCGCUGUCAUCUCCUGGUUCCGGGACGGGCAGCUCCUCCCCAGCUCCAACUACAGCAACAUCAAGAUCUACAACACGCCCUCAGCCAGCUACCUGGAGGUGACCCCAGACUCGGAGAAUGAUUUUGGGAACUACAACUGCACCGCUGUGAACCGCAUCGGGCAGGAGUCGUCCGAGUUCAUCCUGGUGCAGGCAGACACGCCCUCCUCGCCCUCCAUCGGCAGAGUGGAGCCCUACUCGAGCAGUGCCCAGGUGGAGUUUGAGGAGCCCGAGGCCACGGGCGGGGUGCCCAUCCUCAGGUACAAAGCGGAGUGGAGAGCRCUGGGCGAGCCCGACUGGCACUCGCGGCUCUACGAUGCCAAGGAAGCCAACGUGGAGGGGCUGGUGACCAUCACGGGGCUGAAGCCUGAGACCACCUACACCGUGCGGCUGUCAGCGGUCAACGGCAAAGGCGUGGGGGAGCUGAGCCUGCCCGCCGAGUUCCGCACUCAGCCCGUCCGCAUCCCUCACCCACGUAAGUGCUCUCUGCAUUUCUUUCACUCUCUCUUUUUGUCCCCUGCUGCUGUCCCCACGCCCCGUUUAGCAGACAGUGAGUAUGGCAGGACGAAGCACUCAGCCGAGUGGAAGCCCGAGAUCCGGCUGCCAUCGGGCAGCGACCACGUGAUGCUCAAGUCCCUGGACUGGAACGCCGACUACGARGUGUACGUGAUCGCCGAGAACCAGCAGGGCAAAUCCAAACCGGCCCACUACGCCUUCCGCACGUCAGCCCAGCCCACCGUCAUCCCAGCCAGCACCAGCCCUGCCUCGGGCCUGGGCACUGCUGCCAUCAUCGGCAUCCUCGUGGUGGUGUUUGUGGCCCUGCUGGUGGCCGUGGAUGUCACCUGCUACUUCCUGAACAAGUGCGGGCUGCUCAUGUGCAUCGCYGUCAACAUGUGCGGCAAAUCCGGCCCGGGGGCCAAGGGCAAGGACAUGGAGGAGGGGAAAGCUGCCUUCUCGAAGGAUGAGUCCAAGGAGCCGAUCGUGGAGGUGCGCACAGAGGAGGAGAGGACCCCCAACCACGACGGGGGCAAGCACACGGAGCCCAACGAGACCACCCCGCUGACAGAGCCUGAGCACCCCGCCGACACCGCGGCCACCGUGGAGGACAUGCUGCCUUCUGUCACCACGGGCACCACUAACUCUGACACAAUCACCGAAACCUUUGCCACGGCCCAGAACAGCCCCACCAGCGAGACCACCACGCUGACCUCCAGCAUUGCCCCUCCGGCCGCGGCCGCGCCCGACGCCACCGCGGCCACCGGCCAGGCCACCCCGGCCAAGGGCGCUGCCCCCGCCGCCCCGGCAUCGCCACCGCCCUCGUCCACCCCCAGAGUGGCCCCUCUGGUCGAUCUCAGCGAUACCCCCAGCUCUGCUCCGGCCAMCAAUUUGUCUUCAAGUGUCCUGCCGGGCCAGGCCGUGCUCAGCCCCAGCGCCGGCGCGGCCGACGCCGCCAAAGCCGGGCCCAAAGCGGCCACUCCCAGCCCCGCCAGCGUGGUCAGCGCUCCGGCCACGGCCGAGCCCAAACAGGAGGUGGCCAAGAGCCCCGAGAAGGAGCUGGCCCAGCCCAGCRCGGUGAAGAGCCCCACGGAGACCCCCAAGAACCCGAGCACCGCCAAGAGCGAGGCCGGCGCGGGCAGCGCCGCCAACCCCUCGCGCAACGAGGACUUUAAAAUGGACGAAGGGACCUUCAAGCCGCCAGACAUUGAUCUUGCAAAGGAUGUUUUUGCAGCUCUUGGCACUGCUACUCCUSCUGCGGCUGCCGGCGGGGCUGGUGGGCAAGCCCCCGAGCCUGCUGCUCCCGCCGCRGACAGCUCUGCCCCCGCCAAGACCGAGAAAAUGCCAGCAGAGGACAAAGGCGCCGUGCAGGACAGGAAGAGCCCUCCAGCAGAAGUGAAGACGGUGCCCAACGAAGCCACACAAACAAAUGAGAACGAGAGCAAAGCAUGAUCAGCACCGGCAGAGGGGACGGCGGAAAAAAACUUCACCCGAGCAUUGAAAUCACAACCCACACACCCAUCUCAUUCCUCUAGUGUCUGUUGCCUUUUUUUAAAAAAGAAAAACAAACAAACAAACCAGAAAAUGCAUAAA